AGCAUCUUAGGUAUAAAUAUGGAAAGCAGUGAAUCCCUUUCUAUUAGUCACGCCAGUUUCCUAGGAGACGGCAAUAUACGGGACAGUCUUGAAUUAUUCUAUGAGCAAGAGAUAAAAUCUGACUAUGAAAGAGACAUAAACCAAAUAAGAUUCAAUUUUGACUCGGGAGGUCUUGAAUUCAAUGAAUUGGAAGAAGCAAAGAGGCUUGAUAAUUCUGAUGAGGAGUUAAAAGAGAAUCAAGAAGACAAAGAAGAUAAAAAGAAGUUUUCCCAAAAAGAAAUCAUUUCAUGCUUGUCUGAAUCUGUUUUAAGCCAAGACUCAGAGUCAGAGCUUCUUAAAUGCAGUGUUUGAUAUGACGAUUCCUAUCAGAAAGCCUCCCUUUGAAGAUUCUGAGGUAACAGCGCUUGAAGUCAAUGCUGGAGCAAUAUUUUCACUAGAAACUCUAAAUGCCCAUUUUGAAGGAAAAGUCUUCGCCAGAAUGAUCUAGUAAAUGACUUAAGGAUAGACCAGAUUAGACAAAAGGAAAGGAAGCCCAAGAGCUCUGCUGUGAAGUCUCUGAAUAAAGAGUGCUACGACCAUGAGGAUGAGGGCAAGCUCUUCUGUGAAAGUUGUUCUACUUUCUUAUGCCUUGACUGCAUUACUAGUGGAAAGCAUACAAAUCAUAAAAUCUGUGACAUUAAUGACAACCCAAGACUCCAAAAGAAGAUCGAAGAUACUCACACCUUUUGUAAGAAACUUCAAGAAGACACUAAGAGCCUUGAAAAAGUUAUCUCAAAGCAUGAGGAGUUCUUUGAUACUAACCUUGAAGACCUGGAGCAAGUUAUUGAGGAAGUAAAGGAGAAGGUAAUGGCAAGACUUACACAAAAUGGAGAUGCUUUAGUUUCAAAGCUUACUCUUGGCAACUCUCUCAAUGCUGAAGCCAAGGAUCAAUGUGGAAAAUUAAAGCUAAUUACAAGGAAGAUUGCUAAGCUUGGUUUGAAAACUAUUGAAAUAGAACAACUUAAAGAGGCGUUCACCAAGCAAAGCCAAAUCUACGAGGCUCCAAACAUUGCAGAGUUUGCCAAAGCUAAGACCUUGACAGAGAGCGAUCUUAAGGAACUGUUCGCUCUGAACAUUGAUUACACCGACAAGGCCAAGUUCUCAGAGAUUAUCUUGUCAGAACUUAAACAAGGAAUUAAUGGACUCUUCUCCUAAAUUGGAAUUAAGUUACUGCUUUCAAUGAUA